AGAGAUAGUAUUUUGUUUAUUUUGGGUAAGGUAUUUACAUAGAUUGGCAAUAAAUAAUAGCCUGCUGGUUGCUUCUCUGAAACAGCAGUGUGCCGAGGUGCAAUUGUACCUUUAAAUCCUGGCGAUGACGUUAAUAUUUCCUUGAUUCUAAUUGGGUAGCUUUCACUUCCUUGGUUUGCGAUGAAAUGGACGUGAGCAUGGCUGAAGAACCGUGGAAUAAAGUAAACAUUCCCUUUCCAAGUGCGGUUUCAACUGUCCAUAUACCGUUCGGCCUCUCAACAGGUACAUGUGUAAAACGUGUCCUGGAGGAAAAUGAGAAAGUGCUCAAGUUGCUUGGCAGUCGAGUCCUGCAGACUGAGAUCCGUGUCCUGUACGAGCUUCUCUAUGUUCUCAAUAACAGCCUCAGGCAACACAAGACUUUCAGGAUUCUCAAACAGGUUGAGCAAUGCAUAAACCGGUUGAAGGAAAUGAAGCUGGAUGCUGCUCUUCUGGACCUGAAGGAGCUAUGUCCAAAGAAAGUGCAAAGCCAGCUGGCUAUGGAGACAGGUCAGUGUGAUGUACCCAGUCAGCCCAUGCUGGAAUGGCUUUGUCUCAAGGUGUUGGGAGCUGCCAGACUGAUGACAUGUCUGCUCAAUCACUGCACCAGAGCCUUCAUACUAGCGAAGCAGCACCUCCACUCAAAGGAAUUCAUUAUGUUGAACGUGGUGCUCACCAGCAUGCUUAGUCGACUGUGGGUGUUCUUCCGGGGCAUCCUGGGUAGCCUGGCCCCUCUCUACCAGCACCUCCUGGAGCUCCUGAAAGAGGUGUCCCAGGCUCAGGCAAUGGCCUUCCUCAUAGACUUCACCCUGCCUGCAGGGAUGGCAGAGUUCCUCGGGCCCUCUGACUCUUCCUUGUUGAAGAUGCAGCAUUCCCGGGCCCCUAAGGGCCUUGGCGUGAAAGGAGCCUCCAGGUCCUCUGUGCUCAACAGACUGUUCAGAGAGGAGGGAGAGGAGAGGAGGGAGCAGGCUCUGGGUGGUCCCUCCAAUAGGAAGAGCAGCAAAGUGGAUCUGGGAACUGCAGUCUUACUCCAGAGAACUGGUGAUACAGGUGCCGUCUCUGGAUUUGAUAUGAAGCAAUUGCUGAAACGAACCCAUGGCGGUAUCACAGAGGUGUCAACAGAACAAGUGCAGCCUUCAUUACUGGAUGCUGCUGUGAUUGGUCAGAAGAGGAAGUUUCUGAAGCAACUGAGAACAGCCCCCACUUUCAGCAACAUGGCCGCCCACCUGGAGCAAGUGAUGCGAUGGUGUGAAAGCAGGAAGCUGCGUCAGGAGAAGGGGCGUCUGACGUUCCUGAACCUGAAGUGCCAGAGGAUGAAAUGCCUGGAAUCAGAGGGCUGCAGUGUACAAGGGAAACUAACGCGCUACAAACGGGAGGUUUGCUGGGCCCUGUCACUCAGAGGGGCGGUACCCAGGACCUGUCAGCCGCUGAAGACACUGUGGAGGAGGGCUCACCCUAGAAUUUGCUUUCAGCCAUUCAGGACUGCAUUUGAACCAAUCACAAGUGCAUUCUGUGUCAACAGAAAACGGUCACUAAGACACAAGAGAAACAGGAGUAUUUUACCAGGCACACCGGGGGAUGUGGCCACGAUGACUGAUGACCAGUCCCUUAGCAAUGAGCUUAGCAACCAAAGUAGAGACACUCCAGUUCAGAAACCCUUGGAUCUGAAUGAGACUAACAUUGAUGACAUUUUUGCCUUCAUAGGUUUUUAAGACCCCAAAACCCUGGCCUAUGGGAUAAAAGGGGUUCUCAGCUUUCAUGAUUUAAACAAAGAAAUCCACACAAGGUUUUCUUGGUUGCAUGCGUUUCAUCUCUGACAUCAAGUUACAAUUUUUUCACUGACGUUUUCUAGACCUACAUCAGUCGCUUGCCUUAAGUUUUUCUUAAAGUAGCCUAUUAUUAAAAUGUUUUAGAAACGUGGUAUUAAACCUAUGCAAACCCUUA